CGGGAGCCUGGGGCCGAAGUCGGCCGCCGCGCCUGGUGGUGGGCUCGGCCGCCGCGACCAUGCUGCUGCGAUCCGCCUGGAGGCGGGCGGCCUCGGCGGUGACCGCGGCCCGAGGGGCGAGGCCUGCGGUGCCCACCCGGGAGCUGCGCCUGCGCGUGGCGGACCAUGCUCCCGAGUCGGCUGUCCCCUCAGGCACAGCCGCUGCUCCGGAGGUGGAGGCAGUGCUGCGACCUCUCUAUAUGGAUGUGCAAGCUACAACUCCUCUGGACCCCCGGGUACUUGAUGCCAUGCUUCCUUAUCUGGUCAACUACUAUGGGAACCCACACUCCCGGACACACGCCUAUGGCUGGGAGAGUGAGGCAGCUGUGGAACGCGCUCGCCAGCAAGUAGCAUCUCUCAUUGGAGCUGAUCCUCGUGAGAUCAUUUUCACUAGUGGUGCUACUGAGUCUAACAACAUAGCAAUUAAGGGAGUGGCCAGGUUCUACAGGUCACGGAAAAAACACUUGAUCACCACCCAGACAGAGCACAAAUGUGUCUUGGACUCCUGCCGUUCACUUGAAGCUGAGGGCUUUAAGGUCACCUACCUCCCCGUGCAGAAGAGUGGGAUCAUCGACCUGCAGGAACUAGAGGCCGCCAUCCAGCCAGAUACCAGCCUGGUCUCCGUCAUGACUGUGAACAAUGAAAUUGGAGUGAAGCAGCCUAUUGCAGAGAUAGGGAGGAUUUGCAGUUCCAAAAAAGUAUAUUUUCAUACCGAUGCAGCCCAGGCUGUUGGAAAAAUCCCACUUGAUGUCAACGACAUGAAGAUUGAUCUCAUGAGCAUCAGUGGUCACAAAAUCUAUGGUCCCAAAGGGGUUGGUGCCAUCUACAUCCGCCGCCGGCCCCGUGUGCGCGUGGAGGCCCUGCAGAGUGGAGGCGGUCAGGAGCGGGGUCUGCGGUCUGGGACAGUGCCCACACCCCUGGUGGUGGGGAUGGGGGCUGCGUGUGAGGUGGCCCAGCAAGAGAUGGAGUACGACCAUGAGCGGAUUUCAAAGUUAGCAGAGCGGCUGACGCAGAAGAUAAUGAAGAGCCUUCCAGAUGUGGUGAUGAAUGGUGACCCUGAGCAGCAUUACCCUGGCUGUAUCAACCUUUCCUUUGCAUAUGUGGAAGGGGAGAGUCUGCUCAUGGCACUUAAAGAUGUCGCCUUAUCCUCAGGGAGUGCCUGCACCUCCGCCUCGCUGGAGCCCUCUUACGUCCUGAGAGCGAUUGGCACUGAUGAGGAUUUAGCACACUCUUCUGUCAGGUUUGGCAUUGGCCGCUUCACUACAGAGGAGGAAGUGGAUUUCACGGUAGAGAAGUGUAUUCAUCACGUGAAGCGACUUCGAGAAAUGAGCCCUCUCUGGGAGAUGGUGCAGGAUGGCAUUGACCUCAAGAGCAUCAAGUGGACCCAACACUAGAAGAAUGGGCCUGACUUUGUACUGGCCUGGCCCCUCCUGUCUCACUGACCCUCACACAGCCAGGAACCUUGUUAUACCCAGUUGGUGUCUCAUGGUCAAACCUCAUCGGGAUGUUGACUUCAGCCUGCCUCCAGGACAGAACACAGGGAAGCUGUUUUUCCCUUGGACAUUAUUCUGAGGCAGUAGAGACAUUCUCUGUGAUAUUGCUUCUGGACACGUCUGAGUCCUGGUGGGGAAAGCAAGAGCAACCAGAAAAGGGUUUUUGUUUAGGGACCCUUCUGUUCUAUGGACAUAUCAGUUCUCCCUCUCUGCUGCUCAGCUGGACUGGCUCCAACAACAAGAAGAAUCAACUUCAAUUUAAUCUUUCAUAGCUCCUAAGGAUGUAUCUCCACACUGACUGUAGACCAAACAGUAGACUCGUUAGAUGGCUUCUCUCCUUUCUGUUCUCAUCCUCCUCAUUUGCUUUUGACCCAGUGGAGCUAGAAAUAUCUUUAUGAUUCUACCCCAUUAUUCUAAUAAUUUAUGUUUCUUUCCUUAAUAUUUGUUAAUUUGAAAACUGGAGAAAUAAACUCCCUUUCUCUGA